UGGCUUCUAUGUUUUGGGCAGCUUGCAGCUUUUGUUUGGUGACUAAUAAUAAGCAGUGAAAGAAUUACGUUUUCCAUGCCUGGGUGCGAAUUGCGGAUAUGUACGUGGUUUUUAUUUUCUUUAAAGGCUGAGGACUUCCUUAAACUUUUUCAGAUUUAUGCUCAGACCCUGUUGCAGGCACGCUACAGAAUUAUCAUCAAAGAUUUGCCAGAUUUGGAAGCAGAAUGGAAGCAGGAGCAGUGAUCUACACGCUGUUGGAGGUGCUCAUUGCUGUUUGCUGCUGUCUCGGGAAUAUGUUGGUGAUUUUGGCACUUUGGACCAGCAAAAGCAUCCAGCAGCCUACCUUCUGUCUGAUUGUGUCUCUGGCUGUGGCUGACUUCAUGGUGGGCUGCGUGGCCAUCCCAGCAGCGGUGGUGGUGGACGGACGAGUGGAGACUUCAUUCUACAGUUGUCUCUUCCUCUGCUGUGUGGAGAUCCAGUUUGUCCUGGUGUCAGUGCUGUGUCUUGUGGCUAUUGCAGUGGAUCGAUUCCUCCGGGUGUCCGUCCCUCUCAGGUAUAAAAGGACGGUAACACAGAGACACUCCCUGCUCGUGGCAGCAGGAUGUUGGCUUGUUGCAAUACCACUGAGUUUUGCUCCCAUGCUUGGAUGGCACAACCACCAGACUUUAUCUAACACAGUCAACUCUACUAUUAUCUGCAAGUUUAUAGAUGUGAUCCCGUUGUCGUAUCUGGUUUACUUCAACUUUUUCCUCUGCACCCUGACACCUCUGUUGGUGAUGACUGCACUGUAUGGUUACAUCUUCUGCACGAUUAGAGGAAACCUCAGGGAGAGACCAGGUGAUGGUGCCCAUCAACAGUCUCAGCUCUACCUGAAAAAAGAGAGAGAGCUGGCAGGAUCUUUGUCUCUGGUCCUGGCUCUGUUCGCUCUGUCCUGGCUCCCUCUCCACAUCAUGAACUGUGUUAAUUACUUUGAUGUGGAGCCUCGUGUUCCCCCCACAGUCGUCUAUGUAGGCAUCCUGCUCUCUCAUGCUAACUCAGCUGUAAACCCAGUUGUGUAUGCGUUCAAGAUAGACAAGAUCAAGACGGCGUACUUGAAGAUCUGGAGACGAGUUAUUGUACGAGGGAAAGAAAAUCAGGGAUCUCAAAUGAACCAAUCCAGCGACAACGAUCUCACCAGCAACAUGAAUAGUGUGGUCAAAAAUCAGGAAAGGAUCAUAUAAACUCCUCUGUCUAUUUGCCUGUGUAAGCACAUUUUACUUUGCAGUAUUGACUGAUAUACUUUCUCUGACUUAUACAUUUGUAAUCUAUUUAACAGUAUUACAUGAUUACUGUUGAAAUUUGGUCAAAGGUCUUCAUGGAGUUCCUGUAGUACAGAAGUUUUCAUUUACUGAACAUUUGAAGCUAUGUGGUUAGAUGAGUCAUAGCUAUGCCUGUGGGUUUUUUUCCUCUGAACUGCUGUGUUUCGUUUUCCUUUUAGUUUAUUUUCAGAUAUUUUUUUAAUCCUAACUUUAUCUUUGGCAUUAAUGUACAGUAUGUUUACAGUUCACACUGUAAGUCUUUAAGCAAAUAUAUGUGAAAUAAGCUCUGUCUACAAUUUCUGUAACAGCUGAACAGGAUGAUCAAUUGUCUGUUAAACAGAAAAUGUGUACUUCCUAAAAGACAUUUUAUUAAAGAUGUAGUUUCAAGGCUUGGAGGAAGUGAGAAUUUCAUCAUGGCAUGCCAGAUAAUAUCUGUUGCUUCUAGACUUGUGCAGGGGUCGUUGUGCAAAAUAACAAAAUUUGGAUUUUUAGAACUGAUUUAGUAAGAUUUUAAUCGAUUUGAAAUAAGAAAAUAAGAAUAGUGUAUAGUCUAAAGUGGCAUAUCCAGUAUAGUACCAUUUGCAGAGCACAAAAUUACACACACUUCUAGAAUGUUUGUUGUCAUAAAUCAAAAAUGGUUUCCUGGCCUCUCGGCUAUGGUCUGGCCAGCAGCUCUCCUCUUCUCUCUAAUCCCUAUUUCAAACUCUAUCCACUGCCCUCCUCUAUGAACAAAGGCAUAAAAUGCCCAAAGAAUCUUUGGAGAAAAAAUAUAUUUUAUCCAGGUCUCUGCCAACUGCCCUGUUCUUCAGAAUAAAACAAAAAAGCAACACAACUGUGACACAGGAGGAGUUCUGUAUUCACUAUUUUUAAGUCUAGUAUCAAAGCCAAAUUAUGUUACCUCUGUUUAUUUUGUCCUUUACAUAUGUUCAUUUGAUUCGAGUGUUCCUUGCUUCUUCU